AUGGGAUCAAUUGCUAUUGACACUGGCCUCAUACCCCCAACGACUCAGCGUGCAAUAAUUGCGGAGACGGGAGAGCGCGUAUGCAUUCGCGAAGAUACCCCUCUGGCUUCGCUGCGAAGCGAUGAAAUCCUGGUCCAUACCGAGGCCUUGUCCCUCAAUCCCAGCGACACCAAGAUGCGCGGUGACUUCGUCACUCCAGGUGCCAUGCUCGGCUGCGACUACGCGGGCACCGUUAUUGCUCGCGGAUCUGCCGUCGCCGGCGUCGAGAUUGGUGACCGAGUGUGCGGCGCCCAGUACAAAAUGAACCCCAAGAGACCCAUUCGUGCUGCGUUUGAAGAGUACAACAUUCCCACGGGCCCUUUCUGGCUGAAGCUGCCCGAUUCAAUCACCACCGAAGGCGGUGCUACGUACAGCGCUGCCAUCGGCACCGCAGGCCUAGCUCUGAAACUUCUCGGCCUGCCGCUUCCAGAUGCCCCUGUUCAGAAGCCGGCGUACGUUCUCGUGUACGGCGGCGGUACCGCAACGGCAACCAUUGCCAUACAGCUGCUCAAACUAAAUAAUCUCCGCUACGCGCUCGACUGCAUCACAACGGUCGAAUCCACCGCCCCCUGCUUUGCGGUCCUGGGUCGGGCAGGAGGCAAAUACGUCUCCCUUGAUCCCUUCGAACAGAGGGUCGCCACGCGAAAAAUAGUCAAGACGGACUGGACUUUAGGACCUUCCCUCUUCGGCGAGGGAUGCGUGUGGCCGGAACCAUACGCACGGCCACCGAGCAAGGAGCUUCUACAGUACGGGGAGAGGCCGUGGGCAGUGGCGCAGCGGUUGCUUGAUGAGGGACGCUUGAAACAUCGCCCUGUUAGGCAACUGGAAGGUGGAUUAGAGCAGGUGCUGGUGGGGAUGGAGAUGGUGAGGAGAGGGGAGCUCAAGGGGGAGAAGUGCGUUGUGAAGCUAGCCCGGUAG